AUGGCCUCGGAUCCUAACUUUUCAGACCCUUUGAUCUCACUCUCACUCUAUCUUAGUAUCCCCUUGCGCGGGUAUGAAAGGAAGUUUGAAAAUAACGCUGAAUUCCAUGAGCUACGUGCAGUGUGCAGUAUAUCAUGGCGGCGUAGACUAAUAUCCACUAUGCACUUUGCACCAUUAAAGAAACUUCAAAGGAAGAUACAUACCACAACAUAUGAUGAUGAUGAUUCUGCUGCAGUUACAGAGAACAAUUGUGAUGUAACAUCAUAUACUGAUGCAACUGUUGUAUUGGGUCUGUCAUGUGAUGACGGAAAGAGGUGUAUUGGCAUGAGCCCACAGGGAAGUGACCUAAACACGCUGGAAUUUAGGAUUGAUUUAGACUUUCGCUGA